CUCAAAGAUGACAGACGUCGAGAAACAGGCCACGGACAAUGUCCUGGUCGAGUUUGACGGCCCUGACGAUCCAGAGAAUCCCUUCAACUGGCCCACCUGGAAGAAAAUGCGCCAGCUGGUCCUGAUGGCUUUUAAUACCUUCAUAACUCCCCUGGCAUCAUCCAUGUUCGCCCCCGGCGUCGGCGAAGUCAUGAAAGAUUUCAACAUCGGCAGCACCAUGCUCGGCUCUUUUGUAGUGUCUGUCUAUAUCCUGGGCUACUCCUUCGGGCCGUUUCUGAUCGCCCCGAUCUCUGAAAUCUACGGCCGCGUCAUGCUGUACCACGUCUGCAAUCUACUCUUCCUCAUCUUCACCAUCGCCUGCGCAGUGGCCCAGACCAUGCCGCAGCUGAUCGUCUUCCGUUUGCUGGCUGGCAUGGCAGGUGUCUGCCCUUUAACGAUCGGCUCUGGCACCGUCGCCGACAUGGUCCCUAAAGAGAAACGCGCCGGUAUCAUGGCCAUCUGGGCAAUGGGGCCUAUCCUUGGCCCAGUCGUCGGACCAGUCGCCGGCGGCUUCCUAGCUGAAGCAGAGGGCUGGCGCUGGGUAUUCUGGGUCAUUGCCAUUACAACCGGGGUCAUGAUGAUCCUAACCAUAAUCUGGUAUCGCGAAUCCUACGCCCCUGUAGUCUUGAAACGCAAAGCCGCGCGUCUCCGCAAGGCCACAGGAAACCCUAACCUCCGCUCCGCGCACGAAGUAGAGGAAUUCACCGCGCAGCUGUUCCUGUCUGCUCUGGCACGUCCGGUAAAGCUCCUCUUCGGCUCGCCUAUUGUGUUCCUGAUGGCUCUCUUCGCUGCAACGACCUACGGCUAUCUCUAUCUCAUGUUCACGACCAUCACGUCGAUCUUCGAGACGGAAUACGGCUUUUCACCCGGUGUGGCAGGCCUGUCAUAUCUCGGCUUCGGAAUCGGGAGUAUGCUCGGCCUCGUCGUGACAGGAAUCGUAUCAAACCGCAUCGCCGCACUACAUAUAAGACAAGGCCGGUUCACCCCUGAAUCCCGGCUAUUACCCAUGAUGGUGGGGUGCUGGUUCAUGCCCGCCGGGCUAUUCUGGUACGGCUGGGCCGCGGAGUCGGGAACGCACUGGAUCGUGCCGAUAUUGGGGACUGGUGUGUUUGCUGUUGGGCUUAUGGUCGUGUUUAUGUGUGUCAGCACGUAUCUGGUGGAUUCGUAUCUGCGGUAUGCGGCGUCGGUGACGGCGGCGAAUACGGUGCUGAGAUCGCUGGUUGGGGCGCUUUUGCCGCUGGCUGGGCCGGACAUGUAUGAGGCGUUGGGGCUGGGGUGGGGGAAUUCGUUGCUGGCGUUUAUUGCGCUGGCGAUGUGUGUGGUGCCGUUUGUUUUUUGGAGGUUUGGGGAGAGGAUUCGCACGGAUAAGAGGUUUCAGGUGAAGUUGUAAUAUUAAAGUAAAAGUACCG